AUGGUUUUCGACGAGGUGUACCAUUUCAGCUUUGGCGUUUUGGGUGUGGCAUUCUUGUCCAUCGCAGUCGGCUGCAUCCUGGCUGUGAUCCUUUGGUGCGGCUACUUUUACUUCGUCCUGGACAAGCAGAUGCAGAAGAUGCAGCUCGUGAAUGUUCCUCCUGAGGCACGUCUCGCUCCGGGUCUAGUGGCGACCUUGUUCAUCCCAGCUGGGUUGUUCAUCUUUGCCUGGACAUCCCGCGAGUCCAUACACUGGAUUGUCCCCAUGAUCGGCGUGACGAUGUCCGUGGCAGGCAACUUCGUCAUUGCCCAAUGCGUACUGAUCUACUUGCCGUUCUGCUAUCCCAAGUACGUCGGCUCGUUGUUUGCUGCGAACGGACUAAGCAGAGCGUUGCUCGCCGCCGCAGCAAUCUUGUUCUCGAUCCCGAUGUUUGAGAAUGUUGGGAUAGAUUGGGGUGUCAUAAUAGAGAGCUGUUACGGCUCUUGGACUUGA